UUAGGAUAAAACCCCAUGAACUUCAAAAGAGCUACAAAUCAAACGCAAUAAUAAUAACAAACCGUUACAACUGCUAUCUGUAGGCCUACAUAUUUUACAAUUAUCGGGUUACAUAAAAACUUGAAUGCAAUAAUUUAGUCCAUAUAAAUGCUUCCAUUUCGUUUCCUUAGCGUUUUCUCUUGAAAUGAGCUCUUACGUAGCCAACUCAUUGUUUAAGCAAACUCACGAGGCGUCAGCCUUCGCUUUGAACAACCAUGGAUACGGCUCUAGCCCCGAACUCAACUUGUCCGGCUACUGUGGUUUUGGAGGGCAUGAUCACCGGGGGUCAUUCGCGUCCCCGCCGUCUUCGAGCGCCCUUGGCAUGGUAGAGAUGAACUCUGGGCUGCAUGGCAAUCCUGGCGACCUUACACUACGACCAGAGUCUUCCACAGGAGACGCUUCCCAGAGACGCCACAUGAACGAGCAGACAAGCCGCCAGGGUUCUCUAAAUCUCGGACUGUAUUGUCGCAAACCCGAGACGGACUCGGAUUUCAGCGAAAUGCAUAUCUGCAAGACUCAAACAGGCGAGAUCAAAGUCGUAACUUUGCAACCCGUCCAGCCAGUAAGACAAGGAAACCAUUCUACUCAGCCACAAACCAGCGAACCGCAACCACAAAUAUAUCCCUGGAUGACUAAACUACACAUGGGUCACGAGGCUGACGGUAAAAGGUCAAGGACGAGUUACACGCGCUACCAAACUCUGGAGUUGGAGAAAGAGUUCCAUUUCAACCGGUAUCUGACGCGUCGUAGGCGCAUCGAGAUCGCCCAUACUCUCUGUCUGAACGAGAGGCAGAUCAAAAUCUGGUUCCAGAACCGCCGAAUGAAGUGGAAGAAGGACUCAAAGCUUAAAAUUAAAGAGUCAAUCUAAAACAUGGAGCCAUUUUCAAACGUUAUCAACGUUCCUUAGAGAUGUCAUUCAAAGACUGUCAGCACCACCCAUGUUUCCAAACAGUGACUUUUGUGAUGCGAUGUUUCAGUGUGAUGAAAAAUAUUGAACAUUCUUCGAUUAUGGAUCUGAUUAUGUAAUAUACCUGUCAUUUGGUUUGAAUAUUGUAUGGUUUUAUUUUCUAUCUUUGAAUAUGUACUUGUUCAGCAGAGUCUUAUAUAACUUGUGAGAAUGGAAACGCUUGAAAUAUAUUAAUUCGCGAAAAUUGUAACAUUUCAUCACUUCCCUUUUUUUACCUUAAAGUAUUUUAAAGUUGAACGUUUUAUUGUUAUUAUCGUAUUACCACAUUUAAGUCAUUUAGCAGACGCUCUUAUCCAGAGCGACUUACAAAUUGGUGCAUUCACCUUAUGACAUCCAGUGGAACAGCCACUUUACAAUAGUGCAUCUAGAUCUUUUAAGGGGGGGGGCAGAAGGAUUGCUUUAUCCUAGGUAUUCCUUGAAGAGGUGGGGUUUCAGGUGUUACCACUGUACUAUCACUAUUGUUUUCUUCGUGAGAGGUGCCUAUUAUUUAUAUAAAAAAACAUCAAGAAGGUAAAUUCCUUGUAGUUUAUCUUCAAACUCCUUAAGUAAUUAUUUUCUGUUUGUGUUUUUUAUCAGCCCCGUUUAUUAAACAACCAGGGAUCUUAAGAUGUAACAUAGACACAUUUUAGUAAAUUGCGAGGGCUAUAUCAUUCUGUGAUUGUAUUUAAAAUAGUCCACAGAAAAUGAUUGGUUUUGGACAUAAAGUGUCGUGAGAACAGUGAUAUACUUAAACCUUACUAUACAUUUCGUAGUUAACAUGUAUACUGUGAAUGGGUUCCUCAUGUGAAAAGGUAUAUUGUAUUAGGCUACAUAACUUGCCAGUAUAGGCAGGGGCUUCAUAUUUGGGGGAAACAUAAUAUUUGGCCUGAUUGUUGACUAAAAUCUGACUCAAUGUGCCAAGUAUGAUCGUGGGAUUUGUUUUUAAACCCCAGCAUUACAUUUGUCACAAAUCAUUAUUAGCAAUUUAGAAUAUUUUGUAAAACACGAAAAAUACAUGUAGUGGCAGAUUACAGCUGAGAAUUGGGCAAUAGCCCACACAUCCUACAUUUCCUGCACAUUUCAGAUUAAUGGGGAACAUGGGCAACCAAAAAGACAACCUGUAGUCUAGAAUUUAUGUAGGCCUAAUGUGUAACUUAUGUUCACUUCAAUAAUUAUUAAUUAUUAAUGUGCCUAAGGUUUGAAAGUGAAGAACACAAACAUGGUAUUCCUUUUCUUCUGAAAACGUAUCUCUCCAACUAAUGUGAGAUUAUGGGUUGACAUAAAGGUUGUCAUGAGGCAGGAGACUCAUUCCUCACUUAUACAACUUUGAAGGCCUUGUAGGUAAAACAAAUUCACAUAUUACAUUGAACAUAUUCUUGACCAAGUUUCUUUUCACUUUGUAGAAAUAAUAAUAAUCUAUUGAGUGGUUUAAUGUAGGAUGAGCCUCUGGAACGAAAUGCACUUGAAUGAUUGAAUUACCUAUAUUAACUAGAACAGUUAGCACCAUAGUAUAGCUUAGAUUUAAAUGUGCUCAUCUUGAUUACAGAUAGCUGAAGUUUUAUCGUUGAAGUGAACUGAAAUCUUGAGGAGAAAGGCAUUCGUGCUAUGUUUGUGUUUUAAGUCAUGAAAUAAAGAUGGGUGAAUUUGG